AAUCCUUCUGCCAUCUUUGAUUGUGUUCAUCAAUCAGUCUUUCGAAAUAUUCUCGGGCGUCGUCUGGGGACGCCGUGGAUAAGCCCGUGGUCGUCCAUCCUUCUUUCUCCUCUUCGACGUCCACCCGGCAUCCCCAGCUCGUUGUCGUCCUUCGAAGGUGCUGAGAGUCCGGUACAUCUCGCUCCUUUGACGAUUCACACUCCUUUGCGCUUCUCUGCCUACCUCAAUCGUCAUGGGCAUUCCAGCUGAAACACUUGAUAAGAAUGCCACGUUCGGCGCUGCCUUGAUUGGCUUUGGAGCGUCUUGCAUAUUGCUUGGAGUCCUAAGCACACAGAUGUACACCUACUUCCGACGGUACCCGCAGGAUCGAUUGUUCUACAAAUGUCUGGUCGCUGCAUUGUGGAUCCUCGAGGCCGUCGACCAGGCAUUCAUUGCCUAUGCCGUCUACUUUUACCUCGUGACAAAUUGGGGUGUUUUGGAGGUUCUCCUCGACCAUGUUCAUUGGUCUCUCAUUCUUCAGGUUACGCUUGGAGCCACGGCAGGAGCCAUAGUCAAGGCUUGCUUUGCCAUGCGGGUAUGGAGAUUCAGCAACUGUAAUGCGGGGAUCACUGCUGUAAUCCUGCUGCUGGUGUUCGCGCAACUAGCCAUGGCAUGUGUGUACACUGUGAAAGGGUUUCAAAUUGCCAAUCUGCUGGUGCUCUCCAAGCUGAAGGUCAUUGGAAGCAUAUCUCUGGGAUUGGGGGUGGCAACAGACAUGGUCACGGCUGUCGCGCUAUGCUACUUCCUGCGUACUUUGCGUACAGGCUACUCAAGAGAUGAUUCGCUGGUCAAUAGUCUGACAUUGUAUGCCGUGAACACCGGCGUACUCACGAGCGCUAUCAGUCUGACCACCCUGAUACUGUACGAUAUCAUGCCGCAAAACUUUAUCUUCAUGGGAUUCUACUUCGCGCUCAGUAAACUUUACGCGAAUUCAUUUCUUGCAACAUUGAACACGCGCAGAGUUCUGCGUGGUCGCGGGACUGAUGGUGAAGAUGUUACGAUGCCGACCUUCUUGAUGGUCGGAAAGGCUACCAAAAAUGCCACGGAACGCGAUGUAGAGGCUACUUCGCAGGGAACCGCUCUAGAAGUUGAUGUACACCGGGAAGUUCAAGUGGUCAGAGAUUCCUACUUCAAUACUCAGACACCACAAUACGCUGUGGCGUGGUGAAUCGCUUAUAGGCUGAGACAACAGCAUUGUACCCGUAGUGUGCUGCCAAGGUGGAAGGACGGAGUCUCCAAGCUACUAUUCCCCGUGGGCGUUCUCAAGUCUUUGCAUCAAAUCACGCAUGUACCGGAUAUUCGUUCUCUGACUUAUGUUUUAUUCUGCUUAUUCUUGGUCCCUUCCUGCUAGAGACCUUGGUUCUUCAGACGUUCUUUCGGAGCUUUGGGUUAUUUAUCUCCUGGAAACCUCUUCAGUUUUUUCAUUCUCGCCGAUCUGGUGAAAUCCGAAAUUUAAGAAUCAUUCACUUUACUAUACCAUAAAUUCUUCGCUCUUCAAUCGCUUUGCAUUAGUCGUAGUUACUUUAUGUUUUCUGUCUUCGUGUUGUCUGUCGCUACCGUAUCAUUUUGUCCUUGUAUGAUCUACUACUGGUUGUGAGAGUAAGACCUGAAAAAUAGACGAGACACUGGCUGUAUCACUCCAAACCACAGACUGGUACUUACUA